CUAGAAAUGAGUGGAGGUUUGUUCUGUUUGCAGCGCCAAGCUUCGGCAUCCGCAGCCAUCAAGCUCGGAGGCAGCCAACAUUCAAUCGCCAAUGCCAACCUCUGAUCAACCAUACUUCCCCGCUACGUCUCUCGAUAGAUCUGACCAUACAACAACCGAUCUACAAUUAUAUUGCAUUCGAUAUACCACUUCAAAGCUCCAUCUGCGACUCACGGCUUUGCACGGCGCCAUCUGACCUUGAUCUACGGCCGGCCACGAAGCUGCGCCGUCUUCUUCGCCUGGCUCAGACAAUCCACCUUCAUAAUAAACAGUCAAAAUGGCUACGCAGGGACUGCGAACGAUAAUAAUUCUAUCAUUUAUCCUGGCUAUUGGCUUCCUCCUAGUCAUCCUAUCAGCAGCUAUAUGGCAACAGUAUCUCACACUACUCGUCGUUGCGACAUAUGUUCUCGCGCCGUUGCCGAACUGGAUAUGCAGUCACUGCGGUAAUCCGGAUGAUUUCAUUGAGAGUUCUGGAAAUGCGAUUGUGGACUUUGGUCGAUUCCUGACCGGAUUUUUAGUUCUUAUGGGAAUGGCACUCCCCGCAGUCCUGGCUCACUGUGGCUAUAUCGGGAUUCCUGCAAUGGUCAUGUCGAUCAUUGGAGGGCUCUUGAUUUACGGUACUAUUAUCAGCUUCAGUACAUUUUUCCAGGAGCAGGAGGAGUUUUAGUUCACUAUUGCGAAAGCCGUGGAUGCUGUUUUGAGAUUGAUCGAGCCUGUUUCGACAUUGUAAUUGAAUCGCUCUCAUACAUCGAGGCAUCGAUAUAACUCAUAUUUGUUUCUGUUUCUGUUUCUCUCUUCUAGCACGAUUUUACUGUUAUAUGCUUUCUGCUGCAAAGCAAUUUGAUGAUUUCGAAUGUAUUCCGAGCUACGA